AUGCCAUCGGCCCUGAGGGAUGAUGCCUCAAUGUCGGCGAUUCCACAUCACGAAUCACGAAAGGAUAGCGACGGGACAGGCCGUCGCCUGCGCAAGGGAAAUGUCGCGGUGUGCCCAACAGACGAUGAGGCGGUAGUACCGAGGAAGGUCGACAAGCAGAGCCUUGACUAUCUAUGGCGAUCGGGCACGGCGGGUGGUGUUGCAGGAUGUGCUGCAAAAACUGUCGUUGCGCCGCUCGACCGGGUCAAAAUUCUCUUCCAGGCAAGGAAUCCACAGUUCCUUAAAUACUCCGGGUCCUGGGUUGGCACUAUCACCGCUAUGAAGGUGAUAUAUCACGAGGAAGGCACCGCAGGACUGUUCAGGGGUCACUCGGCCACCUUGUUAAGAGUAUUCCCGUACGCUGGAAUCAAGUUCCUGGCGUACGAGCAAAUACGGUCGGCCAUCAUUCCAAAUAAGGAGCACGAGACUCCCUUUCGGCGGCUUCUGAGCGGCUCUCUCGCCGGAGCAACCUCGGUGUUCUUUACAUACCCGUUGGAAGUGAUACGGGUCCGAUUAGCUUUCGAGACGAAACAGCACAAUCGUUCGUCACUUUCUUCCAUAUGCAGGCAAAUCUACCAUGAGCAUCCUGGCGCUACAUCUGCUGCCGGAACACAGGGAUCAGCGACUGUCAGAGCAGCGACGGCCGCAGCCUCAACGGUGGAGGCCGUCGCACCACAGAUAGGGAUCAUCAACUUCUACCGUGGUUUCACGCCAACGAUCCUUGGAAUGCUGCCCUACGCCGGCGUGUCCUUCCUAACUCACGACACAAUGGGCGAUCUGCUCCGGCACCCCUUGGUUGCGAAGUGGACGACACUGCCGCAGCGCAGGAACGCGCCUGAAGGAAAACCGCCGCUGCUGCAGUCCUGGGCUGAGCUACUGGCGGGUGGUGUGGCUGGGCUGGUGUCGCAGACCUGCUCGUACCCUCUCGAGGUCGUGCGGCGGCGGAUGCAGGUUGCGGGGGCCGUGGGCGACGGCCACCGGUUGCGCAUUGCCGAAACGGCGGCGCUGAUCAUGAAGGAACGGGGCGUACGGGGGCUUUUCGUCGGUCUCACGAUCGGAUACGUAAAGAUUGUGCCCAUGAGUGCAGUCAGCUUCUUUACAUACGAGCGGCUGAAGUCGGUGUUCGGCAUUUAG